AUGGCUUCAAGCGACCUCGCCCCCGAUUCCACCGGGUCGGAUUACCCCAGCCCCGUGGACUAUUCCGGUUACACGAACUCCCCAGGCUAUGUCGACAGCCUUUCUACGUAUGCGCGUGACUGCACAUGGGAGAAAUGCCAACUUCGAAUGGCCUACUUCUACUACCGGCCGUCAAAGGGUGUAAACACCGCCUUUGCUGUCCUUUUCGGCAUCUCUGCGCUGCUCUUCUUGGUUCAGGGCAUCGCCAGCAGGAAGAGGUGGCUCGGCUUCACCAUCGCAAUGGUAGCUGGUUGCGCACUCGAAGUCGUCGGAUAUGCUGGGCGCAUUCGAGCAUGGACUGACCUGUACACUGAUGUCGUCUGCCUCACCAUUGCGCCUGCCUUUCUCGCUGCGGGUAUCUACCUCUGCCUCUCACGUAUCGUCACCAUCUUCGGACGCGAGAAUUCCCGCAUCAGCGCACGCGCCUACCCGAUCAUUUUCAUGAGUUGCGACUUCUUGUCACUCGUUCUCCAGGCUGCUGGUGGCGCUCUCGCCAUAAACGAGACCAAAGAUAGCACAGGUCCCCAGCUCGGAACCGAUCUUAUGGUUGCCGGUCUAGCCUUCCAAGUCUUUACCAUGCUCACCUUCAUUAUCCUGGCUCUCGACUUCGCCAUUCGCACUUUGGGUCGUAUUCGCCAGCUUGGGUCCGCGAACGCUCUCGAUCCUCGCCAUGCCGCAUUGCGCAAGAGCUGGGCUUUCAAAGGGUUCCUAACUGUCCUUUCUCUGGCGACGUUAUUGAUCUUCACUCGUUGUGUCUUCCGUGUUGCCGAGCUGAGCCACGGAUGGCAUGGACCUCUGAUCCAGAAACAACACUACUUCAUUGGACUCGAAAGUGCUAUCGUCUGUGUCGCGGUACUCCUUCUCAACCUGUUCCAUCCUAGCAUCUGCUUCGGUGAGUCAGGUAACCCAGCCUCCAGACCUCGGGAGUCUCGCGCAAGGACGUGGUAUGGACGCAAGGUGAAGGGCGUUAGUGAGCAGAGUAGCGCGGAAGAGUUGAAAGAUCACGUGUAA